AUUUCUCAAUUAGUCAAAGAUCGAUGAUUAUUGAAUGCCCGGUAACAUGUCAUUGCACACUGUAUAUGCGUUAUUGGCCUUGCUCGAUGAUCCUUGACAAUAUGCCAAUGUGUAUUAAUCCAGUCUAAUGUUUAAAUACAAUAGUCAAAAAGGAGAUAUAUUCUAUUCUCGUUCUAACACGUUUAUUUCUGAAAAUAUUUCAAAUUAUUGUACUGUGUAAAUGUUUAUUUUUAUACCGUGGAAUAUAUGUGACUUUUAUAUAGCGCUGCCAUUAAAAGCUGUAUAGGAGACAAUUUGUAUCUUUGGCAGACUGGACUUAAAGAAAGACCUAACAUGUGCGAAUAGAUAAAGAAAUCAUGUCAAGCUCAGUACCCACGAGUUCAACAGGCAAUAUAACCACGCCCCUCACUACAGAACCUUACACAGAAUCCCCUGCACAACAAGAGCAAGAUUUCUGGAUUGGCCUUGCACUUGCUGUCGGCUCCAGUUUCUUCAUUGGUACCAGUUUUAUUCUCCAAAAGCUCGGGCUACGUGCUGCAGCCGCAAAGGAGGGCGGAGUCAGAGCAGGUGAUGGAGGUCACAAAUACUUGCUGCAAUGGAAAUGGUGGCUAGGGAUGUUGUUAAUGGCUCUUGGAGAAGGUUGCAACUUUGCAGCCUUUAUCUUUGCUCCUGCUACACUCAUCACACCUUUAGGCGCCCUCAGUGUGAUCUUCAGUGCGGUUUUGGCCUCCUAUUUUCUCGAUGAAGGACUCAAUCUCCUAGGAAAACUCGGAUGUGUGUUAUGUGUGCUGGGAUCAACUACUGUAGUGUUACACUCACCUAAGUCUGCAGAAAUACAGAAUAUGUAUGAACUUUUACAGAAACUCAAAGAACCAGCUAUAUUGGCACUUAUUGCUGUGUUUAUCCUGGCAGCUGUUCUAGCUAUAAUAUUUCUUGCGCCGAAAUACGGCAAUUCCAACGUUGUGGUGUACGUUUUUAUAUGCUCUACGUUGGGGGCGUUAACUGUGAUGGGAUGCAAGGGGUUGGGAGUUGCUUUGAAAGAAACAUUUGCUGGACAUAAUGAAUUCACUAACUGGCUCACAUAUGUCAUGCUGGGAGUAGCCGCUGUGAACAUUGUUUUUCAAAUAAAUUUUCUAAACAAGGCAUUGGACAAUUUCAACACUGCAGUUGUAACUCCCACUUAUUACGUCAUGUUUACGUCAUGUGUGACGAUAAUGUCGUUAGUGCUGUAUCAAGAAUUUGCUCAGUUGACAGUAGAAGAUAUUAUAGGGGAUGUAUGCGGAUUUCUCACAAUUGUAUGUGGAAUAUUUAUGCUUAAUGCCUUUAAAGACAUGCACGUUACUUUGAAGAAUUUACCGUCAUCAAAAACGAAGAAUGAUAAAACAGUAGAUGUAAAUGAUGGAGUGCGCAUGUCUGCCGUUGCCAGAGACACAAGUUAUGUUCUUAAUUGUAAUGAAAAUGAUAGCGAAUUUGACUCUGAGCCUCAAGUAGAGGCUGAACCAUUGCUGGACAAAGGGUACUACAUAAACCCAGCGUUUGAAGACAGCCAAGCGGAUUUGCAUGGGGAACUCAUGAAACUAAAUAAAAGAAACGGACAUGUUAAACACCUGUCUUUAACAGAAGUUAAAUACACCGAAAAUGAAGUGACUCACUUAAGAAUCCGUCCAAAUAUGGCGACCAACACUUCAGUGGCGCCUUUGAUUACGACAACGCCAACGUUACUACCUGUCAAUACCACAGAAAACAUCUCAACGACAACACUAUGGAACCACAUACCAACAGAAGAAGCCCUCAGAGAAUUCUGGAUCGGUCUGGCGCUUGCUAUAUCGUCUGCAUGUUUUACCGGAAGUAGUUUUAUUUUAAAAAAGAAAGGCCUGCUGAAUGCCUCUCAAGCAGGGUCACGUGCCGGUGAUGGAGGUUUCCAGUACCUUAAACAGUGGUUAUGGUGGGCAGGAAUGAUUAUAAUGAUUGUCGGGGAGAUUUUAAACUUCUUAGCUUACCUGUUUGCCCCAGCCACUCUAGUCACACCUCUCGGAGCACUCAGUGUAAUAACAAGCGCUAUGAUGGCGUCAUACUUUUUGAAAGAAAAGUUGAACUUACUCGGAAAACUGGGAUGUAUGCUGUGUGUACUAGGAUCAACCUUAAUUGUAGUGCACUCUCCAGUUGAACAAGAGAUUCAAACCAUGGAAGACCUCCUGGAUCGUCUACUCGAGCCAGGGAUCAUUAUUCUCUCAGUGGCGCUAAUUGCAAUAGCUUUGGUGUCAAUCAUAUUUCUGGCUCCAAAGUACGGACAGAAGAACGUACUCGUGUACGUCACUGUAUGUUCGACUCUUGGCUCAUUCACCGUCAUGGGAGCCAAGGGGUUCGGUGUAGCAAUUAAAGAGACUAUAAAUGGACGAAAUGAGUUCACAAACUUUCUGACUUAUGUCAUGGCUGGCAUAGUGAUUGGUUGCAGCCUGAUUGAACUUGUAUACCUCAACAAAUCUCUAGACACUUUUAACACAGCGAUAGUAACUCCAACGUAUUAUGUAUUAUUUACAUCAUGUGCUGUGAUGUUUUCAUUGGUCAUGUUCAAAGAGUUUGGAACUAUGAGUCUAGAAGAUAUUUUUGGAGCAAUUAUUGGAUUCAUGGUUAUAUGUUGUGGAAUAUUUCUUCUAAAUGCGUUUAAGAACAUGAAUGUUUCAUUGAGAAACCUUCCUAAAGCACACAAGAGGACGACAUCUCAUAGCUCGCAAAAUGGUGACGUCAUCACAUCGGUAUCCCAUGACGACCAUCAUCUUCUCGAAGACAACGAGAAUCACAGCCAUGACGAGGAAAAUCCUCUUGACGAUCGCAGUAUUGUUUUUGUCGAUGAGCCGAAGUUGUACGAAGAUGAACCGAAAAUUUUCGAUGAUGAUAUGAAGUUGACAACAGAUUCAAAUAGUAACAUAUCAAAUAGUAACUUAAACACUAGUUUAGUUUUAGACGAACAUUGACUUUGUCAGAAACCAAUCUUAUCCUCUCUUCAUGUUUUAUUGUUGUUGUUUUUAUAACUUUUGUCAAUACAUCUAUUUUUGGCCUUUUAUGUAUCUGAAUAUUAAUUCAUUUUCUUACAAUAGAGGACAAGUUACAUUUUAAUGCCAAGAUAUGUGUAAAGGGAAGUAACUCAAUUAUUUUACCAUGCGCAUAAUAGUUUUUAUACACUUUAAUUGUUACUACAAAACAGUCUUUUAACAGAAUUAUGCAAGAUCUACACCAGAUAUGAUAUGAGGAAUAUAUAUAUUAUUUUAUAUAAGUCUUAUUCUUUACCAAAGCAUGUGCUAGUUCUUUUAUUUGGAAGUUAUGUUAUUUAGAGUUGUUGAAUAUUGUAAAACUAAAUACGUUAUGUUCUCUAAAGGACAAUCGAACAUUGAAAUUUAAAGAUACUGCUGAUGAGAUCACAUAGAAUAGCGUUAUUAAUAACCAGUACUUAAACCAGCCUUGUAAUAGUCUAGCUGUUCGUUUGACUAUAUCCUUACUUCUGAAAACGUAAUAAUUUUAGCAGUCAUUAUUCGAUAUUUGAAACUUUUUAGAGUCACGAAGUGUAUGCUUUUAACUCAUUAAUAUAUUAUACCAACAAUAUUUGCAAAUAUUAAUUUUAUAUAAUGAUAUUGGUAUAAGGUCCCAAGACGUCUCAAACCAUGUUUUGGUCCUCAUAACAUGACAGCCCACAGGUGAUAACAUAAUGUUGAUAUUAUGCUAACAUAAUGUUGAUAUUUUUCUGUUUUGUCAAACGAUCUCAUUUACUUGACAAGAUUGAAUUUAGUUGUAAAUUGUACAUGUCUUGAAUUCCAAAGUUCUGAGCUCAUAUACCCGUAUAUUAUUGUAUUAUACUCGUACCAACUUUUCUGUUCUUUAUGUACUCAUAAAUAAAUAAGACACAAAACUAUCUUUCAUAUUAUUGUUAUAAAACUGCGUUUAUUAAAUUUAUAAUACUUGAGGUAUUGUUACGCUGUGUGCAAUCUUGACAUUUUACCGAAAAUCUGUUUUAUACCUAUUUUUUCUUCCAAUCAACGAUUCGCAUUUGUAUCAGGUGACUUCCAUUAUUUGUCAGUAUUGAAUAAAAUAUAUCCCAUAUUGGAAGAUGUAACUUUUGUUAAGGUAGUUCUGCACGUUACGAUCGAAAUUUUUUCUACAAUGUAGAAUUUGAUUAAACUCUGAUUUUUCAAAACUUCAGAAUAUACUAAGAAAAUUCAGCAAAUAAAAAAGAUAGGGUCAUGUGCUUGAUUUUUUGCUAGACUGAUUUGAAAAAUUUCGGCCUCAUGCAAGUUUUCGUAAUGGGAGACUAUGGGAAAAUCGCAACUUUCAUAACAUUUUCGCGAAUAGAAUUUUUUCUACAAUGUAGAUUUUAAUGAAACUUCUCACAGAUGUAAAUAAAUAUAAGGCCUAUAAUAAGGUGAAAUAAAAUGUAUAGGUCCGUGUGCUUAUUUUUGAGAUAUUUGGCUAUGACUAAAGUGAACCGCCUAUUUUAAGUUAAUUUCAAGACAUUAUUUUGAAUUAUUGAAAGUGUCAGAUAUUUUAAUAUCAUAUAUUAACUUUAUAAAGAUAGUAACAGUGCCAUUUUAAUAAAUUUACUCACUGGUUGCCAUUAAUUCAUAAAAUGAUUUUCGUUUCCGUACGCCGAAUCCAGGCAUUAUUCUACGUUUUCCGGAUAAAUGACGUUACGCCAUGACUUCCGGUUUAUCAAACGUGCAGAAUUACCUUAACGAAACCACAGGCACUUUGGGUCAGAAGACUCAAUACGUUAUGAACUGUAUAGCCUAACUUUUCCCCUUUAAUAUCAUACCAUGGGUAUAGCUUUAAAAAUCUAACAAGUUUAGUCAGUGUAAUACAAAAUUUAAAAAACAAACUAUAUAGAUCUACCAUCCAAACAUUGGUAGUAAUUUAACAGACAAGUAAUUUAAAUACUAAAGUCAAAUAAUCUUUAUGAAUUUAAAUUAUACUCUUCAGGUAUUGUUUAAUCAUCUUUUCAUUGUUAAGGAAGAAUAUGUAAAGGUUCUAGAGUAGCAACCAUAAACUGGUCAAAAGCCAUCCCGAAAUGCCGAAAAAAGGGAUGUAACUCAGACUUGGAAUCCAAAGAAACGCUUGGUCUACUUUCUUGAACAAAUCGUGAUUUAUUUGGACCCGUACCCAUCCGGAAAACAUACUGGACUCGCCAAGCAGUUCGUAAUGGGUACUUGUCCAAACAUUUCACCGUAGUGUACAGCAAAAUGUUACACAAACUAAUAAUAUUGCAUGUUAUGUGUAACAAUGGCAGCAAGUGUAUAUUUGCCAGUAUGUCGUGUCACCUUUUCUUAUGGAGAUGUUAAUGUAUUGUUGUUAAUGUAUGAUGCAAUCUAUCUGGUACACCGUUAGCUUGUUUAUUGCAGUAGGCAAUCUUGUUGCAAUUUUUGAGAAUCAUGAUGUCAUCUCUUACGUCAUAAAAAGUAAGAUACACUUCAAAACUUAUGACCAGUCAAAAACCUGAAAAUUCCAGCUUUCUCUGUAAUACUUGACCUAAAGAGAAACGGUUAGUUGUUUGUUUAAUAGAAGUUCAGUUGUAUUUUUGACUGACGUUAUGUUACUUUUAUUGUAUUAUAUUCCCUCCGUGGAUUUUAAUGAAUGUUCAAAAAUGUGUGAACAUUAAAAUGUUUAAAAUUAAGUAAAAAAUGGCAGAAUUUUGAAGUAUAUUUGUUCAAACAAGCCAUUUUGUGGAAUAUGAAGCACUUUUUAUAACUUUUCUGGUUUAUUCAUGUCUUGAAAAAACUUUAUUAUAUACCUUACUACAAAAAGUUAGAAAUUUACCCUAGAAUCACACAAAUAGAUCUACUAUUUAAUUAACUUGCUCAAGAGUUAUUGGCACAUGUGCCGACAUACUUAUUCCCUGACGGAAGUCAGCGCGUUCUGACGUCGACGUCUGGCAGCAAUGUAUAAAAUAAAAGGUCAGUCAGUGGAUGGAGUGCCCUUUGGCCACAAUGGCACACUUAGGACCAUUAUUGUACUAAAUGUGCCAUGAUGACCAAAUGGCACGUUGUAGACGUAUAUUAACCUCUGAAUAUUUAGUAAAAGAGAAACUAAUAGACAUUUAAUUCAUUAUCCAUCAUACAGAGUUGUUAUCGUCCAUAGCAGUGCUGUGCGCUGUACUAUAUAAUGAAUGUUGUGGUGCGAAUGAUAGCUUAAGUAUAUUUUUAUGUGUACAUUCAGUUUGUAUAGAUUUUAUAACUGUAUUCAUUUAUCAGCGUUCUAGAACUCGCCAAAUAUUAAAAUUGCCAUAAAUCACUGGAUUUAUUGUAAAUUAUAAAUAUUCUUUUGUAUGUAAAUCUAUAAUGCAUAGAAGCAGCAUUUUAAAUUGAAAUGACCUUAUUUUUCCAAGAGCGCCUCUUUGUAUAAAUAUAAUACAAUCCAGUUAAUACAAACCUAACAUUUUUAGGGCAUAACUAGUUUCAGUGGGCCUACUAGAAGAAAUUUUGCUAUUUUAAUAGGGUUCUAAUUAUCAAAACUGAAAGUUACUUCACUGAUAAUAGAAGUUUUAACCAACUAAGCACCCUGUAUAAUAAUAUCACUGUCUAUUUCUUCUUUUUCUUAUCCAUAUUUAAAUUUUAUAUUAUUUAAGUGAAUGUUUUAUCAUAUUCGUCCUAACAAGGAUUUGUUUAGUUCUUUUUUCUUAUGUAGAGAGACUUUUUAAUUUAAUUUGAAAGUGAAUGUGUUUUCAUACGUAUACAUGUACAAGUCUGUAGAACUCUUACUGUCUUACUUUGUUUCACAUUUUAUUUACUUUUGUAAAAAAUGGAUUUUUAUUUAAAAAGAUAAUAAACUGAUUUUGAUGAAAAAAACA